AUGCUUCGCUGUGUCGCUAACAUUCCGCGGCCGGCCCGUACCAUUGUCAAACCGUCUCUACAGAUCUCUAGCACAAUCCUUACAAGAAAUAUCAAAACUCAUGAUCUUCCACCAUCGAAACACUCAGAUAAGCCACAGCCAUCGACGCAAGAUGCGCCGACACCUGCCCAAAGCGAGCCACCACCACCCAUGGCGCGCUCAAUGGAGAGUCUCCUUGCGGACACGAAGCCUGCAGACAACCCUCUCCUUGCCAGGGUUCAUACGCGCGAGGACGCGGAGGCUGUUCUGAAUUUCGACCAUCCUGCAGCCAAUAUCCUCACACAACCUGGAUUAGUGGUACAAAGGCAUUAUGGCACGAUGGGCAUAGUUUCAAGGCUAGAACAGGUCGAUAAGUAUGUAAUACUUGAUCCUCGUGGGAAUCACAUUGGCUACAUGGCAGAACAUGAUGGAAUGUUUCAGAAGAUCUUGCCGGGGCAAUGGUUCAGGACCCAUCGAGCAUUCACCACGCACGUUUUUGACAGGCAUGUGCAGGAAGUGCUCAGAUUUCAUCGACCAUUCUCAUGGACGAGCACACAAACUCGAGUGUAUGAUGCUCUUGAGCGUAAAUCCAGACUCUAUCGUACCAAUGAUAACAAUCCAGAACUUGGACUAAGCAUAGAAGCAAUGCCUAUCAUCGGUGAAGCCCGCUCCCGAGGGCCGCUUCAGAGUCGCAAAUACGAUCUGCUUCUCGCCAAAUUAGGUGAACCGAUGCCUGGUUCGAUAUCCGCAAAGCCUGCGGAAGACUCAUCAGAGUUGCGAAAUCAAAAAGCUAGUCAGAUUGUCAUUAUACCGAUUUUCGCACAUUUCGCUCACAUCAAUAAACCGUUCUCGUCAUUAGACUUCCAGGUGACUGCUGAAGACGGUCGAUUAAUAGGUUUAGUCAAUCGAAGCUUCCGUGCUACCACUCAAGAAGACUUCGCCAGUACAGGAGCUUACGUAUUCCGCCUGGAUUCUGCGCGACUCGAGCAGGAAACACAGAGAGAGGAUCCAAGUUCACGAACAGGUAAUGUCGAUCAAACAAAAGUAAAAGUAUUGGGUGAGGAGGAUAACAAUCACGGAUUGACACUAGACCAGAGGGCAGUUAUGCUUGGAACUGCGGCAACUUUGAACCUUGAUUACUUCGCUGGGCAAAGUACCGACGCUGGUCUUCCGUUCAUACCCAUACCGGUCCCAGGUGGAGGAAAAUCUGCUGGUGCAGGUGCAGGUGCAGGAAACGGUGGAGGCGGCGAGGUCGGUGGUGUUGUCGGUGGCGUUGGGCGUACUGCAGGGGGCGCAGCAGCAGGUACAGGAUUCAGUGAUAGCACCAUCGCCGGAGCUGGUACAUUGGCGGGCUACGAGGCAAUGCAGCGUGGCAUGGGUCAAACGCGUUCGCCAGCAACACAAGACGCGAGCUCGCAGGUACCGCAGCCUGACUCCCAGUCUUCUCAAAGUGCCUGGGAGUCCCAAGACCAGAAAGGAGAUGCCUGGGGCCAGGGAGAUUCCGACCCAUGGAGCGAUCCCGGGGCACCUAGUGGAGGUGGAGAUGGGGGAGGAUGGUUCCAACGAUUCUGGGAUCUUUUCACCUGA